GGCGGAAAGCGCGCAGUCACGGCGGAGGGGAGGGGGAGCGGCCCGAGAAGGCAGUUAGAAAGCCCGCCAAAUGCUCCUCCGUGGGCGAGGCCCGCGGCGGCGGCGGCGGCGGGGGAAGGGGGGGGGGAGAGGAAGCGCUCCACACUGGGCCCCGCCCUCCUCCCACGCCAAUCCCCGGACUCCACGCGCCGUCCGGCCCAGCCUCCGGCCCCGCCUGUCGUGGGGGGUGCGGGGAGGGGGGUGCUUGGGCUCCCUUUUGCCUCUCUGCGUCCCGGGCCGCUUCCCGUUCCCCUCUCCCGCCGCUCCCGCCUGAGGCUCGCUCGCUGCCUUGGUGUCACUUCUCGGGGCCUUUCCUCGUCCCGAAGGGACGGCUAGUGUAAACCUAAGGACUGGAGAUCGAUCGGCAGGCUGGCUGCGCGGUUCUCUCCUCUGGUUUCUUCUCUCAGGACCGUCAGGGGGUUCGAGUGGAGGAGGAGAGGUGACUGUCCUGGGCCGCUGCUGGCCUCCGAGCAAGCGGAGCCAAAAUGUCCCCGGAAUCUAAAAAGCUUUUCAACAUCGUUAUUUUAGGAGUUGCCUUUAUGUUUAUGUUCACCGCCUUUCAGACUUGUGGAAAUGUGGCGCAAACUGUCAUCAGGAGCUUAAAUAGCACAGAUUUUCAUGGCAGUGGAUAUACCAGCUUGGCGAUUAUUUAUGGCGUGUUCUCUGCUUCAAAUUUGAUCACUCCAUCUGUGGUCGCCAUCGUUGGACCUCAGAUCUCUAUGUUUGUCAGUGGUUUGUUUUACAGCAUGUACAUUGCCGUUUUUAUCCAGCCUUUCCCAUGGUCCUUCUACACAGCAUCUGUCUUCAUCGGAAUUGCAGCUGCUGUCCUUUGGACAGCACAAGGAAAUUGCCUGACCAUAAAUUCUGAUGAGCUCACAAUCGGGAGAAACAGCGGGAUUUUCUGGGCGCUCUUACAGUCUAGCUUGUUCUUUGGAAAUCUCUACAUAUAUUUUGCCUGGCAAGGGAAGACCCAGAUCUCAGAGAACGACCGAAGGACAGUGUUCAUUGCUCUGACAGUGAUAAGCCUCGUGGGGACAGUUCUGUUUUUUCUCAUUCGGAAACCAGAUCCUGAGAAUGUCCCUGGAGAAGAAGAGUCUUGCGAUGACCAGGACAUGGAAGCCACUGAGUCUGGCCAGAACAAUGUGACAAAGGCAGUCGAUGCGUUUAAGAAGUCUCUGAAGCUGUGCGUCACCAAGGAGAUGCUCCUCCUGAGUGUCACGACUGCCUACACAGGUCUGGAGCUGACCUUCUUCUCUGGGGUGUACGGAACCUGUAUUGGGGCUGUAAACAAAUUUGGGACAGAAGAGAAAAGCCUCAUUGGACUGUCUGGAAUUUUCAUUGGCAUUGGAGAGAUUUUAGGUGGAAGCCUCUUUGGCCUGCUGAGCAAGAACAAUCGCUUUGGCAGGAACCCGGUUGUGCUGCUGGGCACCCUAGUGCACUUCAUAGCCUUUUACCUGAUCUUUCUCAACAUGCCCGGAGAUGCGCCCAUUGCCCCUGUGGAAGGGACCAACAGCAGUGCAUACAUCCGGCCCAGCAAAGAAGUUGCCAUUCUCUGCAGUUUUCUGCUGGGUCUGGGAGACAGCUGCUUCAACACCCAACUGCUUAGCAUUUUGGGUUUUCUCUACUCAGAAGACAGCGCGCCAGCCUUCGCAGUCUUUAAGUUUGUUCAGUCGAUCUGCGCGGCCGUGGCUUUCUUCUACAGCAACUACCUCCUGCUCCACUGGCAGCUCUUGCUCAUGGUGAUAUUUGGGUUUUUCGGAACCAUUUCUUUCUUCGCUGUGGAGUGGGACGCUGCUGCCAUUGUGGCCCGAGGCUCCGACUACCGAAGCAUUUGAUUCGAUGAGAGGAACGUCUCCAGGAAACACAGCCAGUCACGUGACAGCUGGUUAAAGCAACUGCCUGUCAGUCUCCUAAUCACUGGAUGAUGCUAAGGCGAGAACCGAGUCCAUGAAAUCAGGCAGGGUUGGUAGUAAAGUUUACAGAUCCUGGCGGCUCAUGCUACCGGAGGAAGGGAAUCCCGCUCUGUCUGUCACAGCUGUUCCGAGAUGUUCGGCCACCCCCUCCCUCGGUUCCUCACAGUCUCUCCUCAUUCUCGACAUGUGUCACAGGAUUCUUGCUGGCUAUGGAGAAUGUUUCACUUUUUCAAAAUAGGAAGCAGAUGCCACUCCGUGUGGAUCUUGGAGUAACUUCCAAUGCACAGACAGCAAGGAUGCUGAGACGCGGUUGUUUUAAGACAGGAUCUCCCUGCGAAGCCCAGGCUGGUCUUGGGCUUGCAGCCCUCCCCGCCUCCACUGUUGGGGUUAUCCUAGGUGUCCAACACAGGAUUUAAAACACAGUCUUUUUGAGUUAGGAUCUUGUUAUGCAGCCUUGGCUGGCCUGGACUUUGUACACCAGGCAAUACUCCUGCCUUUGUCUCCAGAAUGCCAGGGCGGUGAGAAUGUGCUACCGCACACUGCUUGGCCUGAGACCUCAACUUCUCUUUAAAUGCUUUGUUGAACAAGUCUUACCUGUCACUCCCAACAAGGGGCCGGUUAUGUGUCAUGAGGUACAGACUCUGUCAUUUGUCAAUUAAUAAAAGCAUAUUUAGAGAA